AUGGCCUCUGAUAACGAGGUCAACAGCACGCCAAAAUUUGCCGGUGAUAAGGGCAUGAUGCCCAACGAGGAACCCAUCCAGUUCGACUCUACUAACGCGUCGCCGGAUUUGCAAGAUGUGGACUGCGAGAAACAUGGCGCAGGUCGCGAGUCAAACCCGCUGCCUGAUCUGAAGCGGAAAUUGAAGAGCAGGCACUUGCAGAUGAUUGCCAUUGGCGGUACAAUUGGAACAGGACUUUUCAUCAGCAGCGGUACUGCGAUUGCCAAAGCGGGCCCUGUCGGUGCGCUCAUCGCCUAUCUCUUCGUCGGCUCGAUCGUGUACUCCGUCAUGACCUCGUUGGGAGAAAUUGCAACUUACAUUCCGAUUCCCGGUGCCUUUACUUCCUAUGCCGCCCGCUUGAUUGACCCCAGUCUGGGGUUUGCCAUGGGCUGGAUCUAUUGGUUCUCUUGGGCCAGUACCUUCGCCCUUGAGUUGACGGCUACGGGUUUGAUCAUACAGUUCUGGGACAAGGACAUCAAUAUCGCUAUCUUCAUCGCCAUCUUCUGGGUCGUCAUUACCCUCUUCAACUUCCUGCCCGUCAGCUUUUAUGGAGAGUUAGAGUUUUGGUUUUCCAGCAUCAAAGUACUUACGGUUGUCGGGUUUAUGAUUUUUGCAAUUUGCAUCGAUGCCGGCGCCGGUGGGAGGGACUACAUCGGAUUUCACUAUUGGGUCAACCCUGGUCCGUUUUCGCCGUACGAGGGGAUCUCGCCCGAUUCGAAGGCCAAGUUUGUGGGCUUCUGGGCGGUGCUUAUCCAGGCUGGCUUUUCGUACCAAGGGACCGAGUUGGUCGGUAUUGCUGCCGGUGAGACCGAGAAUCCCCGCAAAACCGUUCCCUCCGCUAUUCGCAAGACCUUCUACCGCAUCCUAUUCUUCUUCGUCUUGACAAUCUUCUUUAUCGGCCUGCUGGUUCCUUACACCAAUGACGACCUUCUCACCGACGGCAAUGAUGCCAAUUCCUCGCCUUUCGUCAUCGCCGCCAGACUGGCCGGUGUCAAGAUCUUACCCUCUAUUAUCAACGCAGUUUUGUUGACGGUGGUUCUUUCUGCUGCCAACUCCAACGUAUAUAGCGGGAGCCGUAUUCUGAUCGGCUUGGCCCAGGAAGGGUUUGCCCCGCGUUGGUUCAAAAAGACCACAAAGCAAGGCGUACCGUACUUCGGCGUUGCAUUUACCGCCGCCUUUGGCCUACUUGGUUUCAUGAACGUCUCCAACGCUGGCAGCACGGUAUUCAACUGGCUUCUGAAUAUUGCCGGUGUUGCCGGCUUCAUCACCUGGUCAUCGCUUAAUGCCUGCCACCUGGCUUUUAUGCGUGCCCUGAAGGCUCGCAACAUCUCCCGUGACCUUCUUCCCUAUAAGGCCGUGUGGCAACCAUGGUAUGCCUGGUAUGGCCUUUUCUUCAACGUCCUGAUCAUCUUGACUCAAGGGUUCACCGCCUUCAUCCCCACUUUCAGCGUGACCGAUUUUUUCAUUGCCUACCUCAGUUUGAUUCUCUUCGUGGUGCUGUAUGUGGGCCAUAAAAUCGUUUACCGCACUCGUUUCGUGCGUCCUAUCGAGGCCGAUAUCGAUACCGGUCGCACCGCACUUGAGAAUGAGUCGUGGGAAACAUCCGCGCCCACCACAAAGUGGUAUCACCGACUGAAGCUCCGGUAG